AACAGAACCCCACUCAUGUUUCCUGAUAUGGAGUGAGAGAAGAAAGAUAGAGGACAACAUCAACCACUCCAAAGAUUUAUAUAUACAUAUAAAUCUCCAUAUCUUUGCAACCAAACCCAACAAUCUUUGAAAACAAAUAAGUGAACAACCCUUUCGUUUUAUUUAUAUUUAUUGGGGUCGUUCUUGAUUGUUUACUAGAAGGAGAGAUUUGUAUGUGUUUAUUAAUGGAGAGCAACACUACUAAUGGUAAUAAUCAGAAGACAAAGAUGAGUCUUGUGUUGUCAACAGAUGCUAAGCCCAGAUUGAAAUGGACAUGUGAGCUUCAUCACAGAUUCAUUGAAGCCGUUAAUCAACUCGGUGGACCAAACAAGGCAACACCUAAGGGUUUGAUGAAGGCUAUGGAGAUUCCUGGGCUCACUUUAUAUCAUCUAAAGAGCCAUUUACAAAAAUAUCGACUAGGAAAGAGCCUGAAGUUUGAUGAUAACAAUCUUGAAGCAGAUUCCUCUGCUUCAGAAACCCAAGAAGCUGAGAGUAAAAACGUCUCUACAGAUUUCAGAGGCAGUGUCAACGUAGAAAACAACAAUCCAGCUAACGAAGGCGUGCAGAUCACGGAAGCUUUACAGCUGCAGAUGGAAGUUCAAAAGAAACUUCAUGAACAAAUCGAAGUUCAGAGGCAUUUACAAGUGAAGAUUGAGGCACAAGGCAAGUAUUUACAGUCAGUUUUACUGAAAGCUCAACACACUCUUGCUGGCUACACAUCUUCCACUCUUGGCAUGGACUUUGCGAGAACCGAACUCUCUAGACUAGCUUCAAUGGUGAAUCAGAGUUCUUCGUUCUCGGAGCUAACACAAGUGGAAGAAUACAAAGAAGAAGGAUUCUUGUGGUGCAAGAAACAAGAAAACAGAGGAACUACACAUCCAAGACGUUCAGUUGAGAGCUCGUUGACAUCUUCAGAGAGCUCAGAGACAAAUCUGAACAAAAAUAACGACGAGAGAAUGUCAGUGGAGCUUCCGUUGAUGGAGAUCAAAUCAGAAAAGCUGACGGAGAAGAAGAAGAGGAGCCUAAACGAUGUCGUUUGCAUGGAACGCCAGCCUCCAAAGAAGAGGAAUCUUGGAGCUUAUGAUGAUGAUGAUGAACACCUGAGGUUGAGUUUGAAUAGUUACAAGAAAGACAUGGGGACGUGUCCGAACAUAGGACUAGGGUUUAAUUGAAAAAAGUAAUCACUUUAAUAUUAUAAAUAUUUUUAAAAAGUCCUAUGUAUCUGCGUAGAUUUCCAUAUAUAUAACAUAAAGUGGAGAUUUUGUGAGAAA